AUGCUCAAGAAUCAAAAUCAUAACCUUCCUGAUUCCUCUGGUGCCGAAAAUGCUCCCAAAGAUGAAACUUCCACUGCAAUUUUACGAAGAAAAAGAAAAAAAAAUGCAUUAGUCGUCGAUGAUCUCUUGCCCGAUUUUGAUAACUCAAAUGAUUGCACAAUUGCUUUAUCAACCAACACAAUGAAAACAUUACAAAUAUUUCAAGGAGAUAUGGUUUUUGCUCGAAGUAAAAAGAAAAAAGAGACCAUUUUACUAACAACAAUAAACGAAAAUCUUGAAGAUGGUAUAUGUCAAAUAAAUCGAGUUGCCAGAAGUAAUCUUAGGAUUUGUCUUGGUGAUGUCGUUACAAUUCGUCCUUGUUCUGAUAUUCAAUAUGGCUCUAAAAUCUCUAUCUCUCCAAUUUCUGAUACAAUACAGGGUUUAAAUGGCUCGUUAUAUCACACAUUUAUCAAACCGUUUUUUGAUAAUUGUUAUAAACCUGUAGAAUUUAAAAUUGUCGAAAUCGAUGGUUUUGACUAUUGUAUUGUAGCCCCUGACACGAUUGUUUAUUGUGAUGAAAAGCCAAUUGAUAGAGAAUAUGAUGAAAAUAAUCUAAAUGAUGUCGGUUAUGAUGAUAUUGGUGGUUGUAGAAAACAAAUGGCUCAAGUUAGAGAACUCAUUGAAUUGCCUUUACGUCACCCUCAGUUAUUUGAAACUAUCGGUAUAAGGCCUCCAAAGGGGGUCUUAAUGUAUGGUCCUCCAGGUACCGGUAAAACUCUUUUAGCGAGAGCCAUUGCUAAUGAAUCCGGUGCUUUAUUUUUUUUAAUAAAUGGUCCAGAAAUCAUGUCUAAAAUGGCAGGUGAGUCUGAGUCAAAUUUAAGAAAGGUCUUUCAAGAAGCAGAAAAAAACUCUCCUUCCAUUAUCUUUAUUGACGAAAUUGAUUCAAUUGCUUCCAAAAGAGAUAAAACAAAUGGAGAAGUUGAGAAAAGAGUUGUGUCUCAAUUAUUAACCCUUAUGGAUGGUAUGAAACCAAGAUCAAAUGUCAUAGUCAUUGCUGCUACUAAUAGACCAAAUUCAAUUGACGCUGCCCUAAGAAGAUUUGGUAGAUUUGAUCGUGAAGUUGAUGUUGGUAUUCCUGAUACUGCUGGUCGUUUGGAAAUCUUGAAUAUUCAUACCAAAAAUAUGAAACUAGCCGAUAAUAUUGAUUUAGAGUCCAUUGCUUUGGAGACCCAUGGUUAUGUUGGUUCUGAUCUUGCUUCAUUAUGUUCUGAAGCUGCUAUGCAACAAAUCCGUGAGAAAAUGGAUCUUAUUGAUCUAGAUGAUGAUAAAAUUGAUGUUGAAAUAUUAGAAUCCCUUGGUGUAACAAUGGAAAAUUUCAGAUUUGCUUUAUCCAAAUCUAACCCAAGUGCUCUUAGAGAAGCUGUCGUCGAAAGUACAAACGUCAAGUGGGAAGAUAUUGGCGGUUUAGAUAAAAUUAAAACUGAACUAAAAGAGACAGUUGAGUAUCCAGUUUUACACCCAGAAAAAUUUACAAAAUUUGGUUUGUCUACUACAAAAGGUGUAUUAUUUUAUGGGCCACCAGGCACAGGUAAAACUUUACUUGCAAAGGCUAUAGCAACAGAAGUUUCUGCUAAUUUUAUUUCUAUUAAAGGCCCUGAGUUAUUAUCCAUGUGGUUUGGUGAAUCAGAAUCUAAUAUUAGGGAUAUCUUUGACAAAGCUCGUGCUGCUGCACCAACUGUUGUGUUUUUAGAUGAGUUAGAUUCAAUUGCAAAAGCUCGUGGGGGCUCAACGGGUAAUGAAAGCGGCACUUCUGAUAGAGUUGUAAAUCAGUUGCUAACCGAAAUCGAUGGUAUGAAUGCUAAGAAGAAUGUUUUUGUAAUUGGUGCAACAAACAGGCCCAAUCAAAUUGAUCCAGCUUUACUAAGACCUGGUCGUUUGGACCAAUUGAUUUAUGUUCCAUUACCAGACGAACCGGCUCGUUUGUCUAUUUUGAAUGCUCAAUUAAGAAAAACUCCAUUAGAACCAGAUUUAGAUUUAGCUCAAAUUGCUAAUGUCACCGAUGGUUUCUCAGGUGCAGAUUUGUUAUUUAUUGUUCAAAGAGCUGCUAAAUUUGCUAUAAGAGAUAGCAUUGAAGCAGAUUUAAAAAAUGAAAUAAUCAAAAAAUCAGAAAGUAAAAAUGAGACUAAUGUUGAAAAAAUUAACGAUGAUAGCGAUCCAGUUCCUUAUAUUACUCAUUUACAUUUUGAAGAAGCCAUGAAAACAGCUAAAAGAUCUGUAUCAGAUGCUGAGUUAUUUCGUUAUGAAACAUAUGCUCGAGAAAUCUCUACUUCAACAGGCCAAUUUUUGAGUUUCAAAUUUAAACCAAGAAAUUCAGCUCUUGAAGAAUCUACAAAUGAUCAGGGUGAUGUUAGCAACGCUGGUAAUGAUGGCGAUAAUCUUAAUAAUGAUGAUAGUGAUAAAUAA